AUGGCAAUCGACUCUGCAAGUCCAGCGACGCCGAGCUCAAGCUCCAAGUCAGGGGAAUUCGCGAACGGUAUGACCAAGGCCCCACGAAAUGUUGCCUGGUACCAGCCUACUUUGCCCAAAGGGCUACCUGAGCUCCCUCAUAGGAUAUUCAAGGACUAUUCAAACAUUCCUGAUAGCGAGAUUGUCGAUCAUAUUUACCGAGUAAGAGAUAAAGCCUGGGAGAUUCUCCCAUAUCCAUGCAUUGGCGUCUUCAGAUUUCUGGACUUCCCAGCCACUCUCAACCCAAUUUAUCCAGAAGUACUUGAGCGUGUUCGAAAUGGAGAAACUUUCCUCGAUCUAGGAUGCUGCUUUGGACAAGAUAUCCGCAAGCUUGCCUUCGAUGGAGCACCCUCUGAGAGCCUUAUCGGAGUCGACACUGAAGCCACCUUUCUCGAGCUUGGAUACGAGCUCUUCCGCGACCGUGACACGUUGAAGUCUCGUUUCUAUACCCAGGAUGUUUUUGCCGAAGAUUUCCUGGCUGAGUGGCACGGCAAAAUUGAUAUCAUCUUUCUUGGAUCAUUCUUGCAUCUUUUCAGCUUCGAGAAACAGAAACAUGUGGUCUCUCAGCUUGAGAAGCUUUUAAGGAAGCACAAGGGUGCGAUUGUUUUCGGUCGUCAUAUGGGCGCAGAAAAUGGGGGUAACUUGCGCAAGAAUGCCCUUGGCUGGGAUCUGUAUCACCACAGCCCGGAAACUAUUCACCAGCUCUUUGACGAGGACCUAGAAGGGAAAUGGGAAGUUGAGUCUGAGCUCGUAACAUAUGGGUCCGAAGGUUGGGACAAGGGUCGUAAUUGGCAAGGAAAUGAUGUUAAGCAACAGAAUUUCUGGGCGAAGAAGCUGUAA